AAUCAUACAUCUAACAGCAACGCAAAACACACACUUCAAUGUCGAGGAACAGUCAUGUCAUCAACAUUAUGAACAUAAACAAUUUCCCCGAAGAAAUCUUAGAAGUCAUCUUUCGCCACCUUCCAUUGAAGGAUCGUAAGAAUGCGUCCUUGGUGUGCCGAGACUGGGCCCGGUUAACAUUUUCACGACCAUGUUUGGAAUCAAUCGAGCUGAAUAUAGAGAGUUCGAGGGCUGGAGAUGUUUCAUCGCUGGAGAAUAGUCUUCGAAAGUAUCAGAUGAUGUGUAUCCGUGUGGAUUGUGCCAACAUUGGCAAAUGUCAACUGGAAGGAGUUCGUCGGGUGCUGUGUAAAUUUAGCUGCACAACCACUAGAAUGAGAUUUGUAUGGGACGCGAUGGAUGCUCCUAUCAAUUUGGAGCUGUUACUGCAUUUUUUGGAAUUCAUUCCUCUGUUGAAAGAACUAAUUGUGGAAGAUGCCACUAACCAAUAUAAUGAACAAAACCUUGGUCCAUCUGGGCAUAUUCAAAGCAAUCCAAACCUGGAAAAACUUACCAUCCCCAGUAGUUUAAUGGACAACGUUCAGUUCGACUUAGCAAGAUUGGCACCAAACGUGAAAACCGUCAACCUAUCAACCACUGGGAAGCAUUUGUGGACCGCUCUUCAUCUGGUUGGAGCUCAACUACAAAGUAUGAGCUUGAAAACCGAAACCAAAGGGGUUUUCCGACAACUCUGGGCGAUAGAGCCGUAUUCCUUGAAAAAACUUCACCUGCAUCGACUGUGCAGUGACCUGAUGGAACCUACUGAUUUCAAACUCAACGAUGUGGUUGUAUUCUUCUCACAGUGUAGGGCGUUGACCGUUCUAGGACUCGAAUUGCAAAUACCUUGCAGCGUUAUACAGCUAAUUGCGAAUUCAUGCCCUACGUUGAAGUCACUGUUAGUUUAUGAGAUUGAGGACGGUUGGACGUUGUUGAACAAGUUGCAACAGUUUGAAAAUCUCGAAAGCCUUACCAUAAAGGUGGCUCAUUUCGAGAUGAGACCCCCGGAAGUGCAAGAUUUGCUGUUGAUUAGAUUAAGAGAUCUAACACUGGAUGGAGUCGAGUUCGAAAACCCUUUCGAUUUUUUCAGUAACUUGGGACAAAUUGCACCAGGAUUGCGAACGUUGCAAUUCGCCCAAUAUGACGACAGCUGUAACGAAAGGUAUCACUUGACUGUAUUGAAAGCGGUUUUGCAGGUUAAACUGUCACACCUGAGUAAGCUCGUGUUGCUUGAUAACGCAAGCUACUUCCCUUCACAUGUUUUCAACCAAUUCAACCUGUUUCCAAGACUUAAAGAGCUUCGUUUGGCUUACUGUGGGCUAUCAGCUUGGAAUCGAACCAUCGUCGUUACAGGACUAGAAAGACUAUCACUGGAUAUUUACGAGUUGACAACCUUCCAGCUUCGUAAUCUAUUGAAAAUGUUUCCAUCGCUAGUCAAACUUGAUGUGGUUGAACCAGAGGACCCACUACGCUUCAGCAUUGACGAUCUUCCCAGAACGGCACUGCUUUGUGAUUUCAAUAUUAAAAAGCGUGGCUUUAAUAUUCUAGACGAAUGGAUGUUGUAGGACAUUCUGAAAAUAAAC